AUGAACAUCAAUCGCUAUAUCCCGACCGAGUAUCGACAGAACCUGAGUAAAUACAAGUACUCGGGCGUGGACGACUCCUUGCUCUCGAAAUAUGUCCUCGGCCCAUACUGGACAAAGCUCGUGACAUUCUUCCCGAUUUCCAUGGCGCCAAACACCAUAACCGGGCUCGGUUUGCUCUGCGUCGUCUUCAAUCUCUUGACGAUGUUCUACUUUGCACCCGACAUGACAGGAGUCUGCCCUUCUUGGGCCUAUUACAGCUUCGGUGUCGGUCUCUUUGUAUACCAGUCGCUUGACGCAAUUGAUGGAAAGCAGGCCAGGAGAACAGGAACUUCAGGACCUUUGGGAGAGCUCUUCGAUCAUGGAUGCGAUGCAUUGAACACGUCGCUCGAGGUCAUCCUGGCCGCGAAUGCCAUGCAGUUGGGCCACAGCUGGUGGACAGUCCUCUCUCACUUUUUGACCCUCUCCAACUUUUACCUAAGCACAUGGGAGGAAUACCACACGGGAACGUUGUAUCUCAGUGCUUUCUCAGGACCUGUCGAGGGCAUCUUGAUGAUCGUUGUGCUUUACUUGGUCACUGGAUUCGCUGGACCACAGCUUUGGUUGCAGACCAUCCGAUCCACUUUCGGUCUCUCCUCGGACUUUUUACCCUUUAUCCCUGAUAUCCAGCUCAAUCACUUCCUGGUUGCCUUCGGUGCCAUUGGCUUCAUCGGAAACAUUGCCACUGCAUUCCAGCAUGUGAUCAAGGCCCGCAAGGACAAGGGCUUGCCUGUGGCAUCUGCCUUGGUUGGCGUGACUCCAUUUGCGGCCAUGUCCUUGGUCGCGUACUUUUGGUUGAAUGCCUCUCCCCAGAUCGUCCACCAGCAUCUUGUUCCCUGGAUCCUCUAUAUUGGUCUCUCGUUCGGAUACACGGUUGGCUUAAUGAUCACCGCCCAUGUCACCCAUCAGCCCUUCCCCCUGUUCAAUAUUUCAUUCGUCCCGCUACUCUUUGGCGCCUUCAAUUCCAACCUGCCUGCCAUUGGACUUGACCGACUUUUUGGAUCGCACAUUGAGGAUAUUUACCUAUGGAGUUGCCUUGCGUUCUCGGCGGCCGCUUAUGCACACUUUGCCAUCAACGUCGUGAACGAUCUGUGCGACUACUUUGACAUCUGGUGCUUCACCAUCAAGCACCCCAAGAAGGCCGAGUGA